AUGUCAUUGCCAAAAGCCGACGUUCCUGCUCUGAAACCAGUUUUCUUCUUCGACCUCAACAUCGCAGAGGCACAGCCGAUCUUCAAGAACAAAGCCAAGGCGUACACCAAGGUGGACGUUCUUGGGGGCACCAUCAGGUCGCUCGACCCCACGUUGCCCUUCGAUGCCAGAAUCACCAGCGGCUUCGACAACAUCAGUGUCUACGAGACGGCCCCUUCGGUCGGCAACCUCGACUGCACGCUGUACCUGGACCUGGGCAACAACAACAAGGGCAUUGUCCAGUACCUGGGCGUGGUGAGGUUCGAGGGAGAGACAAACAGGGUGCUUGGCAAGGAGACCACCAACAUUGGCUUUUCGGACGGCUACGUCACGUGCCAGCCUCGGUUCGAGAUCGAUGGCGCCGCGUCGAGCGAGUCGUGGGUCAACAACCACCUCUUCGUCGGCAAGGGCCGUUUCCACAGAGAAACAGACGGCAGUCUCAAGGUCCAGUACUACUUCGAAAUGGGUCCUUACGAGCACUUCCCCGAGCCGGGAGGCUUCCGUCUAGAGGACCCGGACACCCUCCGGUUGCCGCCCCAGACAGCCGAUACCUCGACAGAAACAGACACAAGCAAGGCCGCCGACGACCAUGGCGGCCAGACAAGGCGCUCGCGCGCCUCGGGCGAGAUCCUGGCGCUGCUGGUGGCCGAAUUCAACAAGAACUCGAACCCCAACACCAACGUGCGGAAAGAAAUCGCCCUUCGGACAGGAAUGACUGAGAGGUCUGUCAGGAUCUGGUUCCAGAAUCGCCGCGCUAAGGCCCGCAAGAUGGAGAAGCUGCAUCAGAGCAACGGGGCCGCCCGCGGGCCACAACACCCCCGCCACACGUCCGAGGUGUACGAGUCGCAAAGCCGCGAGCCGUCGCUCAAGGAUCUCGCCAACCACGCCAAGGUCGACACCGAGAUAAACGAAAAAUACAGCCUGAUCGACUGCAUCUCUGUGUCCGUCGGUCCAUGGCAGCGCAUCAAGUCAGGCCAUCUGGACCCUGACGCUUUCAAAGACGUACCGAACCUGAGUCCGCGCAUCGUGUACAAGCUCAUGGCCACCACAGAUCUGCUCGUCAUGCUCUCGAAAAAGGACCACGAGCUCAACUACUUUUUCUCGGGCGUCUUCCAGAACGAAAAAGUGCUCUUCAGGAUCUUCUUCCCGCUCGCCACGGUGGUCACGUGCUCGCUGCUCAACUACAGAACGCAGAAACCAGAGCAGGACGACGUCUCGCGAGAGGCCACCGCCCAGCUGCAGCUGCAGCUCGCGGCCCCGCCCAAGUUCGCAGUGCACUUCCUCAAGGAUCUCAACACAGGCAAGGAAAACCACAACCAAUGGUCGGUGUGCGACGACUUCUCGGAGGGCCAGCAGGUGGUGACGGCGUUUGUCGGCGAGGGAGGCACAGAGAUCCCGCACAUCCUCACCGGAACGCUCGAGUGCUUGCAGUACCUCAACACGUUUGUCGGCACGGCCACCAAGCUGGGCCGGCCUUCGUCGUUCCCGGGCCCCACCACAGAGCACCCGAUUCUCAUAUCGCCGUCCCCGUUCAACGACGAGCCGUCUUUUGCGCCUCUACAGCAGGACGACCUGCGACUACUGCGAAUAGAGGAACCACCGCAGCUGGAGAUGUUUGACGGCCACUAUGACGACUCGGGGACGCCGCGGAACGACCUGCUGAUCACCAAGCCGAAGCCCGAGGACGACAAGGAGGACUUCAUCUACCUGGACCAGGGGAACGAAUGGACAGACAAUAUAUAG